AACGCAUCUCGUCCAAUCAAAACCAGAAAAACAAACAUAAACACGCACUUAUCUGCAUCACCAUCAACCGUGUAAGUUUUCAGUCAAAGUUCGUAAUUUCCUCUUUUGUCCGGAUAAUCUCUUAGCAUAUUAUAUAUAUUUGUUUAAUUCUGUGUAUAUAUAAAAAUCAUUUCAUAUCUGAUAAUAACCACUGUUGAUCAAUCUUUUUCCGAGUUCAACAGAUUUAGGGUUACUUAUAGAUCUAAUAAGUAAAAUUACCAGAUUUCGAUUGUAUUUUUCUAGAAAACCGUUUUUCAUUUCAAAAGAUAUAUACAAUAGAUUAACAAUUCCUUCAAUAGCGGAAAUGGGUAGCUGCAGUUGUAUUGGACUAUCCUCAUCGAAACCAUUUUGCCGUAGGAUCUUAAUUACUUAUAAAAGAUCUUCGCUUUUUGGUUUUCAAAUCCCUAUUUCUAAUCACUCAGCUGUGAUUAAUUUGCCGAAAUCUCGAUUUAAGUUACUUGGUUCAAGGGGAAGUCAUACUUGUAAGAGUAAAGUUUUAGGGUUUAGAGAAGGUGCGAUUGAUCCAAACUUAGGUUUUAGAGAUGUAAGCGAUUCAAAUCAGAAGGGUUUUUGUGGUUCUGCUUUGAAUUGGGGAAGACAACCUAGGGUUUUAUUGAACGGUUGUCUUGUGGGAGGAAUCGAUAGGAGAUUCAGCAGGCUUGUAUCUAAAGUAGCCUCGGAUUAUAGAAAUCAUUCAACGUCAAUUGAAUCCCAUGUUAAUGACACAAGCUGGGAAAGGAUUUACAUUAAAGGGAGAUUGAAUGUGAAGCCUCUAGUGAUUGAGGAGGUGGAAAGAAAAGAUGAAAAUGAAGAGAAAGUGUUGGAUUAUAGUCAUUCAAGUGUAAAUAAAGAAUCUCUUGAUACUGUUUUAGGGGAUGAGAGAAAGGAAUCUGAGAUUGAGAAAGAAGCAUGGAAGUUGCUUAGAGGGUCAAUUGUGAAUUACUGUGGAACUCCAAUUGGAACUGUUGCAGCAACUGAUCCAGCUGAUAAACUGCCAUUGAACUAUGAUCAAGUUUUCAUUCGUGAUUUUGUUCCUUCUGCUCUUGCAUUCUUGCUCAAUGGAGAAGGAGAGAUUGUCAAGAACUUUCUGCUCCAUACUCUCCAAUUGCAGAGUUGGGAAAAGACAGUUGACUGCCAUAGCCCUGGGCAAGGGUUGAUGCCAGCAAGCUUUAAAGUUAGAAGUGUGGCUCUUGAUGGAAAAUCUGGUGAAUUUGAGGAUGUUUUGGAUCCUGAUUUUGGUGAAUCAGCAAUUGGUCGAGUUGCACCUGUUGAUUCUGGUUUGUGGUGGAUUAUUUUAUUAAGAGCUUAUGGAAAGAUCACAGUAACUGAUGGCUCUUGCAUGAUAGAUAGAAGAAUGGGUAUUCAUGGUCAUCCUCUUGAAAUUCAAGCACUAUUCUACUCAGCACUACGCUGCUCAAGAGAAAUGGUGAAAGUCAACGAGUCAACACAAGGGUCUAGCAGCUGCCAUUAA